GCAAGCGACCUGGUAUCCAGCCUUGUGGCUAAUCAGCUGUUCCCUGCACUGCUUGUUGUGGCUACUGUCACCAUGGGCAGGACUGGGAGCUGUCAGAGAGGGACUUUCAAAUAGGAGUAAAUCAAAGCCUGUGGACGGAUGCAGCUCUAAACACACACAGGACUAAUUAUAAUGGUGCAUCUGAAUGAAACAAUUUAGCCACUAACAUUAAGCAGAAUUGGCAGCAGCAGCAUGUCGUGUUUUGUGGGAGCCCCAGAGUUGGUUAAUGAGGGUAACCCCGAAUAUAUCAGCUGGAGAAACGAGAAUGAGAACUCAGAUAGCAGCCUGGACGAAGUGCUUACGUUCUCCCCAGACCUCGGCCUGUCACCGGUCUCCUCUUUAUCUGGUAGCAUGGGACUUCUGAACUGUGAGCACAGAAUCACACCAAGACGAAGGUUGAAGCUGUCUCCUGACUCUCAGAGUCCAAGCCCCACAGAACCAACCAACCAGACUCAAGCCUCCAUGGAAUCAAAGAGUUUUACAGGCCCUCUUAAUUUAUCUACACCAAGGCUGGAUCAAAGCAUUGUUCAAUCAAGUGAGUCAUCCUACGGAGCGAGGAUCCGGCUGAAAAAAUCAACUAGAAGAUUACAAAUGAGAGAACGUGAGGAAAAUGCAUCUCAGCCAGGAAUACAGAAGAAAUCCCGGAUGAAGCUCUCAGACCUGUUUGAUAGAGUGGAACACAUUAUUGAGCAACCCAGGCAACGGACUGAGAAAGCCAAAGUGAAGCAAUUAGCCAAGCAGGGCAACGACAAAAGACAAGGGAAGAAAGGACCAGAAAACAAGAGACCGUUUGUGAAUGGUAUUAGCCCUCAGUUUCAUGCUGCUGAAAUUGAAGAUGAACAUCUUAUUGGAGACUUUUCUAAAGCUUAUUGCUUACCUUUGGAAACAGGAAAACACCAGGACCUUAAAUAUAUUAGCUGCACCACUCUUGCCCAGCUUCUCAGAGGUGGAUAUCAAGAUGCGGUGCAGCAAUACCAUAUUGUGGAUUGUCGAUAUCCAUAUGAAUAUGCUGGAGGGCACAUUAAGGGAGCCUUCAAUUUGCACAAAGAAGAUCAUAUAUCCAACACCUUUCUGAAGAAUGACACUCUUCCCAAAAGCACGACCCUCCUGAUCUUUCACUGUGAAUUCUCUUCCGAGAGAGCUCCAAAACUGUGCCGCUUACUAAGAAAUUUGGACAGAAAUGCAAACAGAUAUCCUCACCUACACUAUCCAGAACUAUAUAUUUUAAAGGGAGGAUACAAGGAAUUCUUUGAAAAGUUUAAGGGUCUCUGUGAACCACAAGGAUAUGUGAAUAUGUUACAUAAGGACUUUAGUGAUCAGCUAAGGCAAUACCAUCAGAACAAAACUUGCCACGUCCGUACUGUCCGGAAAGAGCUGUUUAAGCCUUUGUAUUCAAACAAAUGUACUGUCUUAAAAAAAGAUCCAGCAAAAGACUAGGAGAAAAUGAUGUCACUCAAGGAAUCCUACAGAGACAAAGGAGGACAGAGUGCUGUAAAUAAAAGCAUCGCUUAAAUAUAAAUAUUAGCAGAUAUAAUAGCAGACAUUCAUCUUCAAGCGAUGGUACAUAAUUUGGACUUAUUGGAACAAAAGCAGCUUUGUGACACAAGAGACGAUGGUAGUGGCUACCUUCAUGGGCAGUAGCUGAAGGAUUCAUUUUUAUGUGGACGGAAAAACGAGGGACAAGAAUUAUAAAUAAUAAUAAUAAUGCAAGGGAAAAGUUUCUGGAAAUGUUAACCAGCAAAAUGCUGGCAAGGAAGGGCCAAUAACACAGGGAAUACUAUUUAAAAAAAAAUUCCAUUUUCUUAACAUAUUUUACAGUUCCGUCAGUGUUUGCCAUUUAUUGGCCAUAAGGUUCUGAGGGGGUUAUUUAUCAAAUUUCAAGUUUGUGAGGUUUUUUUUUCUACCUUGAAUAAACUCACAAGUCGAAUGUUUGCUUAUUUAUGAAAAAACAGAAUGUGAAAAACUCGAAUCAAUGCAAUCGAGGGGGAAUACUCAAACUGAUCUAGUUAUCGGCGAAAAAAACUCGAAUAACUCGAGUUGAUUGAGUUUUCGAGAACAAACCACCAAAAAAAAAAAUGAAAAUCAUGAAGGCUAAAAAAUCUUCAAAUGGUUCAAGGGACUUCUGCCAUUGACUUCUGCAUGUUUUAGCUGGAAUAUUUUAGAAUUCAAACUGUUUGCAGCUUCGAGAAAUAAUAAAUCUGGAAAAAAUUAAUUUUU